UCAAUGGAGAACAACACAGAAGUGACAGAGUUCAUCCUGUUAGGAUUAACAGAUGACCCCAAGCUUCAGGUGCUGCUCCUCUUGGUAUUUUUAUUCAUCUACCUCAUCACUCUGGUUGGGAAUGGCGGUAUGAUGGUGAUCAUCCUCUUAGACUCCCGUCUCCACACUCCCAUGUACUUCUUCCKCAGUAACCUCUCCUUUGUAGAUCUGAGUUACUCAUCAGCUGUGGCUCCCAAGAUGGUGGCUGCAAUGCACACAGGGAACAAGGUCAUCUCCUAUAAUGGAURCGCCGCUCAGUUCUUCUUCUUUGUGGGUUUUGCCACUGUAGAGUGCUACCUCCUGGCCUCCAUGGCCUAUGACCGCUAUGCAGCAGUGUGUAGGCCUCUUCAAUACACCACCACCAUGACAGCGGGUGUGUGCCCACUCUUGACUCUUGGUUCCUACGUCUGUGGCUUCUUCAAUGCCUCCACCCACACAGCAGACACCUUCAGUCUCUCCUUCUGUGGGCCUCAUGAAAUUAAUCAUUUUUUCUGCGACAAGCCCCUGCUCCUGGCUCUCGMGUGCUCUGACACACACACCAGCCAGUUGGAUGUCUUAAUUGUUGUGGGUUUCAAUGUCUUGUUCACCCUCCUGGUCAUCCUCAUCUCUUACCUCUUCAUCUACGUGGCCAUUCGAAACAUGCAUUCUUCUGAAGGACGGAAGAAGGCCUUCUCCACCUGUGCUUCCCACCUCACCGCCGUCUCCAUCUUCUACGGCACCAUCAUCUUCAUGUACUUACAGCCCACCUCUGACCAGUUCAUGGACACAGACAAAGUCGCCUCUGUGUUCUACUCUGUAGUGAUUCCCAUGUUGAACCCCUUGAUCUACAGCCUGAGGAACAAAGAAGUGAAAAGGGCACUCUGGAAAAUAUUCAGCAAAAUUAAUCCCCAAUCUUKAAGUGUGAGCAGGAAGAAGUCAGGAAACUAA